GGAGACUAAUCCGAUCCCUCUCUCACACGCACAAAACACGCCAAACACACACUCAUUCAUUCAUGUUCAUACAAAAUGGGAGCACAUAAACCGUUGCCGACACUCUUCAAAUCCGUUAGGUUGUGAUCUGGCUGGUUAUGAAAUUGUGAAUGAGAAUCGGAUUUGGGAGAAUUGUGAGACGGACGUCGGGGGUGAGGAUGGGGAUAGUGAGCGCGAUUGCGGGGACGUUUGGAUUUGGAAUUGGAGUGUCGAUAGGGCUUGUCAUGGGUUAUUAUUUCUUCAUCUACUUUCAACCCACUCAUGUUGAGGAUCCCAAAGUACGACCUUUGAUUGAACGAGAUACAAAGUCCCUGCAAGAGAUGCUUACGGAGAUACCAAUGUGGGUGAAAAACCCGGAUCAUGAUCGGCUUGACUGGCUUAACAAGUUUAUUGAGUUAAUGUGGCCAUACCUAGACAAGGCUAUUUGCAAGACUGUGAAGACGAUUGCAGAACCUAUCAUAAAAGAACAGAUUCCAAAGUACAAAAUUGAUGCGGUUGAAUUCGAUGCACUUUCCUUAGGCAGCCUGCCACCUACAUUUCAAGGAAUGAAAGUUUAUGCGACAGAUGAUAAGGAGUUGAUAAUGGAACCAUGUUUAAAAUGGGCCGGCAAUCCUAACGUACAUGUAGCUGUUAAGGCAUUCGGGAUGCGACCCACAGUUCAGGUGAUUGACUUGCAAGUAUUUGCUUCGCCUCGUAUUACCUUGAAGCCAUUAGUUCCCAGCUUCCCGUGCUUCUGUCAAAUUCAUGUGUCUCUCAUGGAUAAGCCUCAUGUUGAUUUCGGGCUGAAGCUGCUCGGGGCAGACCUUAUGUCCAUUCCCGGCUUGUACAGAUUCGUUCAGGAAACUAUUAAAGAUCAGGUUGCAAAUAUGUAUCUGUGGCCUAAAACACUUGUGGUACCCGUCCUCGACCCUUCAAAAGCGAUGAAGAGGCCUGUUGGAAUGCUACAUGUGAAGGUUAUACGGGCAAUGAAGCUUAAAAAGAAGGAUCUUUUGGGUGCUUCUGACCCGUAUGUAAAAUUGAAACUUACUGAGGACAAACUUCCUUCUAAGAAAACCGCUAUAAAAUACAAAAACUUGAAUCCUGAAUGGAAUCAGGAGUUUAGUUUGGUUGUUAAGGACCCGGAAUCACAAGCUCUUGAGGUCAUAGUUUAUGACUGGGAACAGGUAGGGAAGCAUGAUAAGAUGGGAAUGAAUGUUGUACCACUAAAAGAGAUUACAGCAGAAGAACCAAGAGUUAUGACUCUUGAACUCCUAAAGAACAUGGACCCUAACGACCCGCAAAACGAGAAAUCCCGGGGCCAGAUCAUGAUUGAGUUAGAAUACAAGCCUUUUAAAGAUGAUCAAGCUCCAGCUGACGGGGUAGAAAACGUUAUUGAAAAGGCACCUGAAGGUACCCCUGAAGGUGGUGGUUUGCUUGUUGUUAUAAUUCAUCAAGCUGAAGAUCUUGAAGGAAAACAUCAUACAAAUCCGUCUGUUCGUGUGAUUUUUAGGGGGGAAGAGAAAAAAACAAAGAUGGUGAAGAAAAACCGCGAUCCAAGAUGGGAUGAAGAGUUUUCAUAUACUUUAGAAGAGCCACCAACAAAUGAGAGGAUGCAUUUUGAAGUCGUUAGUACGUCUUCAAGAUUGGGUCUACUUCAUCCCAAGGAAACAUUGGGUUAUGUGGACAUACAACUUGCGGAUGUUGUGAGCAACAAGAGAAUUAAUGAAAAGUACAAUCUAAUCGACUCGAGGAAUGGUAAGCUUCAAGUGGAGAUGCAAUGGCGAACCUCAUCGUAGGGGUCGGGCAAAAGAAGCUAUUUGAUAAUAUGAUGUUCAAGAUUUUACUAUCUUAAGGAUAGAAUCAAACACUGUCAAUUUAAAUGUUUGAUUUCAUGUUUUCUUAUGUGUAAGUUAUGUCAAAUAAAUAAAAGAUUUUGCUGUGACAUGGCAUGUCUUUUGAUUUCAGGUUUUAGCUACACAUUAAAGCUCUCAAUGUAAUUUGCAUUCAAGGUUUAGAUUA